ACAACUUGAGGACUGGCAUAGGCUUUGCUGGGUAUUUGAGUGGGAGGAAUGGAAUCAGAGCCAAACCAAGCCACUUAGGUGUUAGCUCAUAAGCCCUGAGAGCAGCAGCAACCUCUGCAUCUGGGACAGCAACAGCUGUAGCAGCAGCAGCAGCAACAGUAAUAGCAGCAGCAACAGCGGCAGCAGCCCCACAACUACGAGCUGGGUGCACAGAAAAGUGCUUGCAAAAGCAAGAGUAGCCAGACGUUUCCCAGUCUUUAACAUCAUUAACAAACAGUUGGAACUCUCCAAGGCGUCCUAAACUAGAGUACUGCUGGAUUCCAAUUGUUGUCAGGGCUUUGGACCCAUUUAAGACAAUCUUGAGGGAGGCUGGGGGAAAAAAAGAAGCACUUUUCCUCUCUGCAAAGAAACUCACAAAGUAGCAAGAUGAUUUCAGGAUCUCAAUGUGCCUUGUUCUUUUUCUUGUCCUUCAUUGCCUGUCAAGGAUCUCCGGCAUCUCAGAACUGUCUUAAUAAACAGCAGCUUCUAUCUGCUAUCCGUCAAAUGCAGCAGCUGUUAAAGGGCCAAGAGACACGCUUUACAGAGGGAAUUCGUAACAUGAAGAACCGGCUGACGAUGCUCCAGAAUUCUGUGAACAAAGCUCUCCCAGAUGUCCCAGCAGUCUCCUGUCCUGCACUGGAAGCCCCACACAAUGGGAGAAAAUUUGGCAGCAAGUACUUAGUGGACCAUGAGGUCCAUUUCACCUGUAAUCCUGGAUUCCAGCUGAUUGGCCAUAGUAGUCUCCUCUGUCAGUCCAAUGGCAAUUGGACAGGUGACAAACCGGAAUGUAAAGAUAUCAGUGAAUGUGCUAGCCAUCCUUGUCAGAAUGGUGGAACAUGUGUGGAAGGAGUCAAUCAAUACAAAUGUACUUGUCCACAAGGAUGGAAUGGAAACAACUGUCAGCAUCAGGCUCAGACAGCGGCACCUGAAUGGAGUGUGACCAAUGACCCUGCCUUCAGUCGCAAGCCACGUUGUGCCAAGGUGGAUAGAACUCAACACUGUAGUUGUGAAGCGGGUUUCCACAUGAAAGGCACAGCGGACAACAGCAUAUGUCAGGAUGUGAACGAAUGUGAAGUUUAUAAGUUGGAAGGGGCCAACCAACUCUGUAUGCACAACUGCAUUAACACUCCUGGAUCCUUCCGCUGCUCUUGCCCAACUGGCUAUAGGACUCUUGAGGAUGGAAAAAGCUGUGAAGAUAUUGAUGAGUGUGCAGAUUCCCAGAAUACAUGUACACGGGGGACCACAUGUAUUAAUACAGGUGGCAGUUUUCAGUGUGUCAAUCCAGAGUGUCCAAAAAGCAGUGGUAAUGUGAGCUACGUGAAAACAUCCUCAUUCCAAUGUGAACGCAACCCUUGCCCCAUGGAUAGUAAAUCUUGUCACCAUGCUCCCAAGACCAUCUCCUUUCACUAUCUAGCACUGCCUUCCAGCCUGAAGACGCCAAUCACACUCUUUCGCAUGGCUACAGCUUCAGCACCUGGACGGCCAGGGCCUGACAGCUUGCGCUUUGGGAUUGUAGGCGGCAAUAGCCGGGGGCAUUUUGUUAUGCAGCGCUCUGAUCGUCAGACAGGGGAGUUGAUCCUCGUCCAGAGCCUGAAAGGACCACAGACAUUGGAGGUGGACGUUGACAUGUCAGAGUAUCUGGAUCGCACUUUCCAGGCUAAUCACUUGUCUAAGAUCACUGUUUUUGUGUCACCCUAUGACUUCUAGAAGGGCUAGGUGGGAUGGUCACAAGCACCAAUGCCUCGGGAUUGUUUCUAUGCACCAAAGACUCAGCUUUGGGCACUGGUUCUAAAGUCGUAUUUCCCCUUCUUAACCAAAUUCAUACCUUAGAGACUUUUUGGUCAUUGUAAUGUCGCUGUUCCACAUGAUGGUGCUGAAGUGUCAUCAAGACACUGACACCCUUAAAUGCCUUAAUGUUCUUCUAGUAGAUUAUGCACUAACCUUCUCAAUAUGCCUCAGGAAAUGGAGAGCUGCUUUAAACGAAUAGGAAUGCAAUCUGGAGUCAGUUGGGGAAUAGGAAAGGGCAAAUAUACUUUUCUGAUGAUCUUCAAAUAUUUCCUAUACUAGAAUAACUACAAUAAUUACUGCAGUACAGUACUACAGUAGUAUUUGAAAUACUAUUGUAGAGUGUUUGCCAGCUUGUGGCUUUAGAAAUAUUGCAUGCUAGAUCACAUUUCCUCCAUAGGUAGUGGAAUAUAUGUUUCUCCUCUCCAUAAUGCAACGAAACUUUGACAUGGGUUUUAUCUUUGUCUCCCCAAACCAGUCAUUAUGGAGUCCCACCAAUCAAAGAAUCUGAGGGUUAUUUGGAAUCUUCCCUAUAUUCCUUUGAACCAAAAAGACUAAAUAAUAAAUAUAAUAGCUAAAAGAGAUUCUGAUAUUGCCAGAAGUAAAUAUUUUCUGAGAAGCUGAGUCAUAUAUUAAUAGUCCCAUUUUAAAGCUGAAGAAACAAACUGUUUUUGCUUUUCUGGACUUUGUUUCUGUCUUUGGCUCAUGAAACAACAUAAUACCAUCUAGCUGCAUUAAUGUGGUCCUCAUCUUAUUGGACUAGCUGAAAGAAACCCAUGGGAAAGAAUGCAAGUAACAGGGUAAUAUGUUGAUGAAUGCUUGAUUUUCAUGCAAUAAUCCCACAACCAAAGUCUACUAUAUGGAAAAUUGAAAAGCCCACCAUCUUGCCAUAGAUUUUUAAGGGAAAAAAGUGUCACAUGACAUCCCCCCCCCCAUAUAUGAUUGCCUCCCAUAUAUGGUUGCCUCCUAUCUAUGGGUAAAUCAAAAAGUAAUGCUGUCUAGAUAAAAGAAAGAAAAUUCUAGAAAGGGAAAAGUAAGAAUAUUUGUAUAUCUAAGAGAUUUGUUUAACCUCAUUACUGAAAUUUCAUAACAUAAAUCUUUAUUUUAAACUUUACCAAUUUAUCUUCAAUGUAUUUUGUUUAGAUUUUAUUUGGCACUGAGAGGCAAUGUAAUGUAAUGGAUAGAGAACUAGAAUCAGGAAGAUGUGGAUUCAAAUACUGCCUUUAAUACAUACUGGAUACAUGAUUCCAUUUUCUAUUCACCUUUCUAAUAAUUGCAGAGAAGGUGCUGUCUUACAUUGGUAAAGGGAAUUUCUUUAUCUAAAAUAUCUUUAUAGCAAUGAAAUCACAACUCUAAUUGCUAUCCCUGUGUAUGUAGAACUGGAGGCAAUUCUAUUAAUGUUAGUAAUUUAUACUAGUUAGUUAGUAUAUACACUAGAUAUAGUAUCUAUGUUCUGUGAAUUCUGGGUGUUAUAAUAUGGGAGCCACCUGCCCAUGGCUGCUGGAGGUCUAACUCAGACCUGUAG